AGUAGGGAGGUGUUUUGACAGUUGAGCUCGCGGCGCGGGGGAGGCAGGGUGGUGUACGGGUGUGAGUGUGAGGAUGGGGUGCGAGGAUGGGCGUGGCGUUCAGGCCUUUGGGAUGUUGGAGAUGUAAUAGGUGUGGAGAUUUUGGACAGUCUGGGGGAUAUAGAUGAUAUGAGUUUGGGGAAUUUGGAGUGAGGUGAUGUUAUGGUGCUAUGGUGCUAUGGUGUUUUGGUGCUAUGGUGUUUUGGUGUUUUGGUGUUUUGGUGUUAUGGUGCUUUUGGUCUUAUUGGUGUUAUAGAUGUUUUGGUGUUUUGGUGUUAUAGGUGUUAUAGAUGUUAUUGGUCUUAUUGGUGUUAUAGGUGCUAUAAAUGUUAUAGACGUUAUAGAUGUUGUAGACGAUAUAGAUGUUAUAGACGUUAUAGAUGUUAUGGAUGUUAUGGGCUUAUAGAUGUUAUGGGUGCUACAGAUAUUAUGGGCGUUAUUGGUGUUGUAAUGUUACAGGUGUAUAGAUGUUCUCGGUGUUAUUGUUGCUAAAGGUGUUGUACAUGAUAUAGAUAAUACAACUAAUAUUAAUUCCAA